UGUUGGACAGGUUCAACUUCCUUUUUCAGUGCAGUGCUUCUGUUUCAGACGAAUAAACGAGGACCAGCCUUUCAACAUCAGAUAUUUGUGCCGUUUUACUACUGACAAUCAAGAGAGUUUCUGAAGUCUGUGUCAGCUAAUCGGAAUAAAGGCGAAAAUGAGAAACGGAUUGUUAUUACUGGGUGCACUUCUCAUUGCUGCAACAGCUCUCACCUCAGGUGAAAAUGGUCCAAGUACUACAGCCAGCCAUUUGAAUUCAACAACAUCCCAUUCUUACAUCAACGAAUCUACAGCCAGCCCAAACUCAACAACCCACAGCCCAAACUCAACAACCCACAGCCCAAAAACAACUGCACCACCUGCUCCAACACCUUCAGCCGAACUCACAGUUGGGAAUUAUAACUUAAGUUACAAUGGCAAAAUGUGUUUUCUGGCUAAAGUAGCAAUGCAGAUCCGUGUGAACAGCAGCAAGGUUAAUGGCACAUUCAUUGUUCAAGGACCCAAAACCAAUGUCAGCGGGAGCUGUGGUGAAAAAGUGAUUGAUCUCUUUCUCUCUUUCAAAGAGGGCGAAAUUGCCCUGAAAUUUAGAAAUAAUGAGACAUCAAAAAUGGUCUAUGUUGAGACUUUGGAGUACGACUUGACCUAUGCUUUCAAAUAUGGAGUGUCAAGCAAUUUCAGUGGGAAGAAUGAAUCUCUUCAGCUGUUUGCCGCGGCUGCGGGUCAUUCAUACUCCUGCAAAGCUCAGCCGGUGAACAUGGGAGGCGGUGUGUAUCUGGAUCUCUCCAAUUUAAAGAUUCAGGCCUUCAAUAUAAAGAACAAUGACUUCGGAACUGCUGAUCUAUGCAAGGCUGAUCAACCUAACUACCGGAUUCCCAUCGCUGUGGGCAUUAUCCUCAUCAUCCUCAUCGUUAUUGUAGUCAUUGUUUAUCUUUUCAGCAGGAAACGGAGGACUGAUGGGUACCAGUCACUAUAAAGGACCGCAAAAUUGUUACAUAUGUACUGAUGAACAGGGAUGCCUAGGAUUUGUCCAAGCAAAGUUUUCUAAACGAAAUGCAGACAUGUCACAUCCUAACAAAAGCUGCUGUUGCCAUCAAGAUUUUUACAUCACUAUAAGAUCAUAAUACAACCAGACAAUGAAAGGUUACCUUAGUACAUGCCAUAUUUAGCUCACCUUCAUGAACUUAUCACCUUUUUUAAGAACCUAAAGUAAUCUAAUGUUAAUUAUCAACUGUUGCAUAAAUGUAAGUGUACAUGCCUUUUCUGUGAACGCUCUUUACUGCCUUUUGCACAUCUUGUGUAUUUUCUGUCCUGACUGGCCAAAACAAUAUUCAUCUGAAAAAUAUGUGUAUUACUCUUUCCAAAGAGGCUGUAAAACAUGCAGCAAAAAUCAAUAGAGCUACAAGAAAGGGAGGUUUUAUCUUGUGUAGGUAUAUAAAUUGUACUUUGCAAUUAAUAAUAUAAAGAGAUUUUUAAGCAGGUGCAACUCUGUUUUCAUAGUGCGAUAAGUAGACUUUUGCUCUUUUUUUUUUUUUUUCAUUAAUAUUUUUUUUUAUUUUUUAUUUUAUUUUUAUUUUUUUUAACUGAAGAGCUUUACUGUCCUGUAUAGUAAUCAGAUGCUGUAACUGAAGCGGAGCCAUACAAUGCAAAAAUGCACUGAAUAAAGGGAUUAAUAUGCAAAUGUAUAAUUUGGUUUACAGCUAUUAAAAUCUUUAAGAAACACC